AUGAGCGUUCUUUUGCAGGAUAUACUGCGGGCAUCCACCCUGUCCGAAUCACUCAACAAAGAGAGAAAGCAGGAUAACUCUGUACAGCGAGAUUCCAACGAGGACUCUGACGAUGAACUCGUUAAUGUGGUUUCUUUACCUGGAACACCGUCUCGGACGCGGCCAUCGUCACCUACUCGUCUUGGCGCAUCGACUCGCCGGCCACCAGGCCCACUACUUAUCGGAUCACGCAAGGAUCCUCUCAAAGUCUUUCCUACGGAAAUUUCACAAAAGAUAUUCGCUCGAUUAACACUACCAGAAUUGGCAAAGUGUGCACUGGUAUCAAAGAAAUGGUGUCGCAGUCAGACUAUAAACUAUGUGUGGUUCCAGCAUUAUAGAAAGGAGAAUUUUCACGACGAGAGUCUGCCACCGGGCAAGUGGACGAAGCGAGAGUCAAAGCAGAACUGGCGCAUAACGCACUCACAGUCAAUGCGUUCCAAGUCGUCGAAUGGAUACAGUGGCUCGGGGCACUCUACGCCGUCUCUGUCGGGACAUCAGACGCCACGGGAAUUGAAGGAGGAGAAGUGGCGGUUAGAGGCUGAAGCAUCUGCCCGCCCAGGAAAGGUCGAAAUGAGAGGAAUGUACAAGGAACUUGGGGGUCGCAAAUCAAGAGGAAAGACCAAGCUAGGCAGUUCUGGUAUACGAGACAAGGGUGGCUGGAAUGAAGGCGAAGACUGGUAA